AUUUAGCACCCGCUGGGGACGUGACUGGGACCGAGGGAGUACCCAGAAGCAUGGAGACCGUGGUGAUCGUUGCCAUAGGUGUGCUGGCCACCAUCUUCCUGGCCUCGUUUGCAGCCUUGGUGGUGGUUUGCAGGCAGCGCUACUGCCGGCCCCGAGACCUGCUGCAGCGCUAUGAUUCCAAGCCCAUUGUGGACCUCAUUGGUGCCAUGGAGACCCAGUCAGAGCCGUCUGAGUUAGAACUGGACGAUGUGGUCAUCACCAACCCCCACAUCGAGGCCAUUCUGGAGAACGAAGACUGGAUCGAAGAUGCCUCGGGUCUCAUGUCCCACUGCAUUGCCAUCUUGAAGAUUUGUCACACUCUGACAGAAAAACUUGUUGCCAUGACAAUGGGCUCCGGGGCCAAGAUGAAGACCUCAGCCAGUGUCAGUGACAUCAUUGUGGUGGCCAAGCGGAUCAGCCCCAGAGUGGACGAUGUGGUGAAAUCGAUGUACCCUCCGUUGGACCCCAAACUCCUGGAUGCACGGACCACUGCCCUGCUCCUGUCUGUCAGUCAUCUGGUGCUGGUGACCAGGAACGCCUGCCACCUGACCGGGGGCCUAGACUGGGUCGACCAGUCACUGUCAGCUGCUGAGGAGCACCUGGAAGUCCUUCGAGAAGCGGCCUUGGCUUCUGAGACAGAUAAAGGCCUCCCGGGCCCGGAAGGGUUCCUGCAGGAGCAGUCGGCCAUUUAGUGCUUGCUGGCCAGCCCUCCGCCGUCCCUGGGUGGCUCAGCGGAGCCUUCUGCUUUUCCCCGUAGUGUUAGUUCUCCGCAGCUCAGGAGGUCAGCGGUGCGUGCAUGGCUGAUGCCUCUGUUGCAGUUGCAAAUGGUGGCUGAUGAGUGGCAGUCUAACACCGUGGUUCCAGGAGACCACGUGCACCGUCUGUACAGCAGAGCUUUAGAAACUGGUAGACCGGCAGCUUUAUUUAGCCCACCUAGUGUUUUCAAGAAAAUUGAGCCACCGUCUAAAAAUCACAGGGUUUCGCAUUGAAAUCAGAGUUUCUGGCUUCUCUUAAACAAUCCGAAGAUAAGGCACCUCUGAAAUGUAUCUGCAGAAGACAAUCAACUUGAACUCAGUGGGAGUUGUGUCUUUUGACAGGGCUUGUUCUCGCUCUCUGUUUUUCGCCCGGUCUGUGACAUUUGUUUGUAUUAUCUGCCUGAUCCCUGGGGCAUCUGAGUCCCUCCUCCCAUUCCCCAGGUUUGCCUUUGAAAGUGAGCACAGAGUUGAUUUUUCCUCGUCUUUGGGCCUGCAAUUUUACCUGCCUACCACUAGGAGGACAGUACACUUACACUUAGACUUCUGUCAAGCGAGUGGUUAUUGAGUCUUUCAAAUGUAUAGGGUGUGGUGCGACCUAUUGAGAAGUGUGGGUGGGAAAAGGGAGCCUGCGUCCUGAGGACACCUUGUGCGUACGACCCAGAAAGAGGUAUUUCAAGACCCUUCAGGGUUUAGGCGGAAGUGAAGAUCCCACCAUAAAGUAGUUUCCACAUGAGCAAUGGCAUCCAUGAAGGAUAUAUUCCCCCUUUCCUCUGGCUUCUGUGUGUUUUGCAAAUAUUGAAAGAUGAGGAAUAUUUUUAUGACUUGAAACCUUUGUGGGACCCAGAAUCCCAAUCACAUAGUCCGGACAUACAUCCAAGUUGCAUUAAUUGCCCUCAUAAACAUAUAGGAGAGCCUGCAGUGCUUUGCUUCCUCCCAGGAUCUGAGUCAACAUUGCUCUUGGGGGAGAGGGCUCUGGCUUGGGAGCUGCCAUGGUUCAUAUGCUGGGCUGCUUAGCACGUGUGGAUCUCCAACGCUGGUCCCAUUUCAUUUUCUGUGCCCUAACUCGUCAGCAGAUGCCUCAGUCUGGUUCUAGAGAACCAGGAACCCAUAUUCCCAAGUCCAAGAUUAGAGCUUUGUUUGUCGUUGGAAUGUCCCAUGGGGCACAGUCCAUUCUCUCCUGGAAAGGAUGAUGCUUCUGAUCAACAUACUGUGUACCAGUUCCCACCUGGGUCGUGGAGUCAGGAGAGGAAAGCUCGGGUGAGCUCGCUGUGGACUGAUGGGUGGAUUCCUGAUUGCAGGGACACCUUACUGGAUUGUCCAUUCCCAUCAGCUCUGAACACACGCCAAGUAACUGACUUUCUUGUCCUACUGGUAGGCUGUGAAUGGGAAACUUCCUCAGAGCCACUUUGAAUUUACCAUGUUGUAGCUCCACAAACAGACAUCCACGUCCUGUUUUUCAUUUCCCCUUCCUUUCAAAAACCUGCACUCAUAACGAGAUUGGAAACCACUUUCUGCUAAGGUUGCAAUGACCACCAUGGUUGUAAAUGUCCCUGCAUUUUAACCUGGGUCAGAGCCCUAAGUCCAAGAGAGGCAGCCCCAAAUUGAUAUCUGAAAUACCAUCCAGCAGGUGGGGGGCGGGUGUGGAGAUGAAGUUCCCCAGCAUCCCUGAAGCAACGCCCGCCAUCACCUACCUUCUGUGAGCCCUGGUGAGUCCCGGCAUCUCACUGAAUCCUGGGUGGCUGCAAGGAGAGGUUGCUGCACACCUGGGAAGUGUCUGCUAGACCGCAGGGUCUUUGAUCUGGCUGCAGAUCUUUUGUGGCUAGCGCAGGACAAACACGUCUCUGCUUGUAUAAGGUGGGAAUUGGCUGAAGUUACCUUCUCCCUCAAGAGGACCUGGUUGGUGAGCACAGGGGAUCCAGCGUGGUGUGGUUUCAUAGGGCAUAGAUGCGUCCCAGGUCCCCAGUUCACUAGUGUCCUUGUAGGGAGGUAGGUCUUCUGUGACACGCACUACCCAUCCCGUCCCUGGAGUAGGAGCAUCACACUCAAAUUAUGAAUGAAGAGGGAAUGACUCACUACCCAUCCCGUCCCUGGAGUAGGAGCAUCACACUCAAAUUAUGAAUGAAGAGGGAAUGACUCAGGGAUAGGCAUGGAGUGUGAGAUGAGUUAGAUCUUCAAAAUCAAUUAGGUUCAAAUUUGGGCUCUGUCAUUUACUGUGUAAGCUUGGACAAGUUACUUAACCUCUCUGGUCCUUAGCUUUCUCAUCUAUAAAAUCAAGUCUCCUUA